UGAAGGUAAUUACAGUUCAGGGGAAGAACCGAAGAACUGGAGGAGAAAUGGAGAUGGAGGGCUGACUGGCGAUUCAGUGUACAGUGACUAAAGAAGAAUGAGUGGAGAAGAUACUCCAAAGCUCUACAUGGACAAACCUAAGAAGACGCUGCUGAAACAGCAGGCAUCCUCGUCGUCUUCGAUGGCGGCGCCGUUGACGUCAACGGGGAGUAGGCCUACACCGCCGACAUACCGACCACCAAAGGAAUCCUUCGCUCGGCGGUACAAGUUCCUCUGGCCGAUGCUCUUGACAGUCAAUUUCUCCUUGGGAGCUUACAUCUUGUUGAUGCCAAAAAAGGAAGACGAUGUCACGGGGAAAGUAGAAUCAUCACAGGUUCCUAGCGAGUCUGCUGUGGCUGCCAAUGCAUGCACAUCCCCAGCUGCUGAAAAUAAGUAAUUCCGUUAGUGCAGCCUGUGGUAGAAUGGAUAUGGGAGACUGGAAAUUAUGAGCUAUUCAUAUUGUAAUGUUUAUUGGAGAAGAGAAAGUUGAAGGCAAGAGAUCCUGAAGAGAAAAGAUGCAUUGAUGAGGAUAAGAAUUAAGAACCAUACAGGGAGGGAGUAUUACUUACGCUUGGAUUGAAAUUGAUUAAAUUUUAUUGAGUUCAAAAUCUACAGGGUUGAAUUUCAUUUUCUUGUUUUAAAUCAAAUCUUUUUUGGGUAUGGUAUUUAAUACAAAAGUUGAACAAUUUCAUGCAAA